AUGACUCAUGGUAUGCUUAAUACAUAUGUUAGUCCUUUAUUUUGGAGUAGGUGAAUUUGCUCUAUAGAUGGAGAGCAUAAAAUAUGAAAGUUAAAAGUAUAAUAAUAAUUAACAAUUUUUAGAUUGUAAAGAAUAAUGUUCCCUUAAAACAAAUAUUCAAAAGAUCCAAGCAAAACAUCAAGGAAGGGAGAACAAGAGUUAUGUUUUAUAAGUGUAUAUUGCUGUGAAUAAAAUACAUUCUUAAUUGAUAGUAAAGUAUUACUUUCUAAUUGAGAUAAAUAAAAUCUAUGGGGUUUCGGGAGUUCAUAAUUUUCAUAAUUGGGAUUGUAGCAAUCUUCAGUAGUAACUCCAGUGAAUAUUUCUUAAAUAACAUAGAAUUUAUAUAAAUCUGUUAGUGGAGGGAGUGGUUAUGUUGUAGCCUAUUCAACAAACAAGAAACUAUAUGUUUGGGGGAAUUGGCAUCAAUUAAAUUAUGGAGAAAUAUUAAAACUAUCAGAAAAGUAGGGAUUCUCUGAAUAGAUUGAUUAAUAAUAUUAAAUAAGCUGUUUAGAUAUAACUUAUAAUUUUUCAAUAACAAGAAAUAUUGAAAAUGAGAGAAGAUAAAGUCAUUUACCAAAUCAUUAGGCAGAUAUUAUAGCUAUGAAAUGUGUGGGAACAACAACAUAUUUAUUAACUCCUAAUUAAUUAUAUUGUUUAGGUUUAUAAUAAUAAUUUACAGUUUAAUUUAUUGGGAUAGCUUGUGGUAAAAAACAUAUAUUGGGUUGGGAUGAUAAUGGUAAAGUAUGGAGUUGGGGAGAAUAUGCAGAUGGUAAAUUAGGUUAUAUGGAUUUUAUAUAAUAAGAAUAGAAAUCACCUAAAUUAAUAGAAAACAUAACAAAUAAUAUAGUUUCAUGUGUUUGUGGAUUAAAUUAUAGUAUUGCACUUGAUACAAAAGGAGACAUAUAUGGAUGGGGUAAAGGUCCAUUUAAAAUGGAUUUAUCUUUAGCUGUUACACCUACUAAAUUAUGUUAAAAAUAAAGACCUUUUAUUAAAAUUAUAGCAGGAGAUUCUCAUUUUGGUGCUCUUGAUUUAUAAGGUUAACUUUUUGGAUGGGGAAUUAAUCAUAAAAAUUGUUUAGGCAAUUUAACAGAUCUAAUUAGAUAUCCUUAAUUGUUUGAAUUGUAAAAUAUUAAAAUUAUUGAUGCAGCCAUGGGAUCUACAUCUACUGUAUUAAUUAUACCUAUUAAUGAUAAUUAUAGAGUUCCUAAUUUAAAUAUUGAUUAAUAUACUUCACAUUAAUAAAAAAGAAUUAAAGAAGAAACUGCUUUCAUGAAAGAAUUUGCGGAUCGUAAAAAUAGACUUGAUUAAGUCUAAUUCAAAUCACCCACUCAAAAUUAUUGUGAAACUCCUAUCUCUUUUAAAAAUAAUUCACAUUAUGAAGAAGCUGUUUAUUUACUUAAAACUAUGAAAAAUUAAGCAGAAUCAUUAAGAGAUAAUCAAAGAUUUAAAAAUACUCCAAGUUCUAUUCAUUAAACUAAUGAUUUUCCUAAUUCUUAGACUUAAAUCACUUUUUAAGAAUAUGAUGAUGUUACUACUAAAUUAAAAUAAUUAGAAAAUGAAAAUUAUUUAUAUAUCCCUUUAUGUUAAAGCACUACUCCAAAUAAUUAUUAAUUAAUUGAUUAAAAUGAUUGUCAUAAUAAUGAUCUUUUAAAUUAUGAAAAUGAUAUGUUGAAACUCUAAUAUAUACUUAUGGUUAAAUCUUAAGAUGAAACUAAAUUUAUGAGAAAUCUAUUAGUUGAUCCUAAGAAACAUUAAUAAGAAAAUAUUAAUUCAUUAUUUUUUAAAUAAAGAAUACUUAAAUAAAAAUAAAUUCAUAAAACAUUAUAUGAUAAAAAGAAAUUCCAUGAUAAAUUUGAUUAAUUUGAUCCUUACUUUUUAAACAAUGUUAAAAGGGAUAUCAAAAUAAUAAAUGAUUAAAGAAAAGAAAUCUUUUUUAUAAAAUAAAAAUAACGUGAAUAAAUUAAUAAAGAAUUAAGUGAAAGAAUGUAAUCUUAAAAACUACCUUUCUAAAAUAGAGAUGAAAUUAUUAAAUGUAUUUAAAAUAAAGCUUAAGAAAAAGAUUUGAAAUUAAAAUUAGUUUAAUUAAAAAAAAAGGAAAACUAUAUUGGAAAAAUUAAUCUUAUUUAAUAAUAAAUAUUGGAAAAAACUCCAGAAUUUAAAUAUAAAAAAAAACUUGAUAAUAUCAAAACUAAAUAAAAUCUAUAAAUAUUAAAUAUGAUUUUAAUCUAUUUAAAUACUGAAAAUAUCUGUUAAAUGGUUUAAGAAACAAGCCAACGUGGUUUAGAAUUAAAAAGAAUGAUGUUUAAAGAACAUAUGAAGGCAAGAAUUAUCUAGAAUACAAUUAGAAAAAGAAAUAUCAUAAAAAGAAUCAAACAAAAAUUAGGAUUAAGAUAAAAAAAAAUAUUACUUUCUUUUAUUUUUAGAUUUAAAAUUAAUUUUAGAAUUAAGUCUAAAUAUGAACAUCUUAGAAAGAUUAAUCUAUUUAAUUUAAAAAAAUAACUAUUUAUUAAAAUAGCUAUAAAUCUUAAAACAAUUACUAUAAAGACCAAAACUAUAUAAAGAUUUUGUAAAUCGUAUAACAACAUGUUUUAUGUAUAGCUUAGUUAUUUAAAUUAUAAAUGGGAUGAAUAUAUAAAAAAUUGUUUUAAAGGAAAUAUGACAGAAAAAGAACGUGAAGAAAUUAAAUAACAUGAAUUACCAGACUUACUUGAUAAAUAAAAUCAUAUUGUUAAAAAAUUAACUGCACCUAUAAAAAGUAAAAAUAUUUUUUUAAGUGAAUUAAAAUUGAAUUUAAAACCAGUUUUAAAAGCUACAGAAUUGAAAACUAAUUUACUAAAGAAAGUGAAAACAAUAGUUUAAAUUGAUGAAGAUAUUUAAGAUGUAGAUCUUAAAUUUUCUGAUAGAAUUUUAUUGCCAUAUACUAAUUAUAUUGAAAAUGUUGCACUUUCUGUAGCAUCUAAAAUUAGAUUUGAUUAUUAGAUGAUGAAAUAAUUAGAUGUACAUGAAAAAGUAUAUAUGGAAGAAUUAAAUGUUAAAUUAGAGGUUUUAAAAGAACAAUUAGAGAGAAUAAGAAGAGAUCAUUUCCGAUAAAUGAGAGAAGUAAACAAUCAAAUAUAUUUUAAAGUUUUACAUAAAAUUAAAUGAUUAUAAAGAAAACCAUAAAUAGUAAAUUUCUAUAGAUCGAGCAAAAGCAAUGAUUAGAUUUAAAGUAGAUGGAUCAGAAUUUAAAAUACUUAAAUAAAAAGAUGAUUAAGAUCUUAAGUAAAUAUUAUUGAAAAGGGAAACAGCUAGAAGGAAAUAUGGUCAAAAUUCACUGAUUUUUAAAGAUGUUAUAUUUAAUAAAAUCAGACAAUUAUAAUAAGAUUAACAUCCAUUCCCUAAUUUGAUAAUAAAAUUAGCAGAGAAUAUGUGUGCUGAUAUCAGACCAAAGUUUAAAUUAAAACUUAAUCAACAUGAAUGGGCAAGAUUAUUCACUUAAUAUCAAUAGGAACUUAAAUAAAGAUAUACUUAAAUUAUGAAUGAAGCUAGAAAAAGUUAAUCUUAGAAAACAAAAUAAGUUAAAUCCAAAAAGGUUAUUUAGAGAAUAAGACAUUUUAAAACAGAAUCUUGAAUAACAUCAAAUCUAC